AUGUAUUACUGGCACGCGAAACCUUAAAUUAGAGUGAAUAAAUGAAGACUCGGCACAUCACUUCUGAAAGGUUGCUGACCCCUGAUCUAGCACCUCUGGGUGAAGAAAUCUUGUUUGUUUCUCGUCCUCUGGCUCGGCUCUGGGCUCCUGGCCAUCUGGCUCAUCUUUCACUUUAUGGACAUGGUUCUGUAUGCACCCAGGUGUCCAAACUCUCUUCUUCAAGGGCCUGAUUCUGUGAGGUGGUUGAGCAUCCUCAAUUCCGACUGCCUUAGCGAGCUGAGAACACCCCAAGCAGUCUAUAUUAGAGAGUCUAUACCAGUAGCUAUGCCAGUAGAGCCGCCUAGAGGAGAUGUGGCAUAAAGAGAUCUUUUGCCGGUAUGGUUCAACCACCAGCCCAAACUACAUAAGCUAUACUGGUAAAAGGACUCGUGCUGGCAUAGCAGCAUCUACAUGGAGGUUUUUGGCAGCCUAGCUGUGUUGGUCAGCAGUGUGGAUUUUUUCACACCCCUGCCCUACAUAACUAUUCCAGGAAAAUUUUGUGGUGUAGACCUGGCCUCAGCAGGUUGCAGGAUUGGGCUGUAAGCUCUCAGACCAGUAAGGCUCCAAAGUGCACACUGUGGGUUUAGACUGGCUGGCAGAGCUUUCCUGGCCACGUAAGAGGCACUGGCCUUGGGGUGAAGGGUAGUUAAUGUUAGGGCAGCGGAUGUUGGACGUAGCCUGGCAGUGAACUAUGAAGUCUGCUGCAGUGGGGAGAGGUUGUAAAGCACUUUGCAAGCCUGCAUGCUCUAUGCCUCUCGCCCGCCAGCCUGAGGCUAGAUGAUAUGAGGCAGCCAGUUAAUGUGUGGGGACCGGAGUGUGCUACAUCUCCCCUGCAUGAUGUGAUGGAGCAGAAGCCAUGGGGGUGUUUUUACCCUCUUCUGCUGAAGUGGGGCAUAUCUGUUCACUGAGAGACAAAGAUGCCCUGAGCUGACUGAUGAGAAUCCCUGUAGGCCUUGUGGCCUGCUUCUUGGGCACUCUGGGGUUAUGCAGAGCGGCUGAUAUCCCCCGGCUUCAAGACAGAGCAUCUUGGGGCAGAUCAGAUGCCGAAUGGAUAUGUGGGGUGGGAGCAGGGCCGCCUGGGGGGGGGCAAGAGGGGCAAUUUGCCCCGGGCCCUGCAGGGGCCCCGACGAGAAUACAGUAUUCUAUAAUAUUGCAACUUUUUUUUUAAUGGAAGGGGCCCCCGAAAUUGCUUUGCCCCAGGCCCCCUGAAUCCUCUGGAUGGCCCUGGGUGGGAGGGCUGAAAGUGGGUUAGAUGAGCUGGUGAGGGCCAGCUGCCAUUCUGUGACGUGUGGUGUGUACCUAAGGAGCCUGGAGGCAGUAUUGGGUGGGUCAUAGUUUCCUGUAGAGACGAUGGGUAUAUAGAGCUCAGCUGGGACCUGCAGCAGGCUGCCCAGGCUCCAGAAAAAGCCGUCUUUCCCCAUGGAUCAGUCUCUGCUACUCAUGUGACCAAGGGCCUGCGACUUUGAGCCCUCCAUGACUCUCCCAUUUUCUUCCCAACAGGUAGGUGAGAGCCCUGAGUAUCUGAGCAAGGCAGCAUGGCAAUGUUCCUGGGGGCCAAGAAUGCCCACUCAGUUCUCAAACGCUUCCCCCGGGCCAACAGCUUCCUGGAGGAGUUCCGCCAGGGCACCAUCGAGCGGGAGUGCAUCGAGGAGAUCUGCAGCUAUGAGGAGGUCAAGGAGGUGUUCGAGAACAAGGAGAAAACGAUGGAGUUCUGGAAAGGAUACACCAACUCCAUAUAUUCCGUCAAGGACCCCGGGCAGGGCACGGAGCGCUCAGAUGCCAUGUAUGUAGUGGUGCCUCUCCUGGGAGUGGCUCUGCUUAUAGUCAUUGCCCUGUUCAUCAUCUGGAGGUGUCAGCUGCAGAAGGCCACGCGCCACCGUCCCUCGUACGCCCAGAACCGCUACUUGGCCAGCCGAGCAGGCCGCAGCCUCCCCAGGGUCAUGGUGUACCGAGAGACCUCUCACAGCCAUGGGGAAGGCCAGUCCCAGCGUGAGUCAGGCAGCAGGGUGCCUGCCGAAGGCAGAGCAGGAGGCACUCUUUACCCGCCGGAGCACUCCGUCUCCGUCCUCUCCAGACUGUCUAGUGCCACCCCUCCCCCUUCCUACGAGGAGGUGACCGGUCACCCGGAGAGCAGCAGUGGCGAGGAAACCAGCGUCUCCUACAACGACCCACCGCCCAAAUACGAAGAGAUAGUGGGUGUGGUCCCUGCCUUGGUUAAAUAGCGGUGCUAACUCCCUGCGCCUGGAUCCUCCUUUUGGUGUAAUUCUCUCUCUCACUUUUACUAGACGAUGCCAUCACGGAAAAGCCUUACCUUCUUCGCUCACCAAAAAUAACCGUCCCUAACCGGGGGGAGGGAGUGGCACCAGAGUCCAGGCUGGGGUGCAGCGGAGAGCAGCCACCGAUGCAAGAAGGCACAAGCCCUGGAAAUCCCCUCUCUCCUGCAGCCACAAUCCAGCUCACACAGGCUCUGCAUGGAGGGAGACCAGCCCCUGAGAGGCACCCUGGCAGGUUACGUUAGGUUCCUUGGUGCCCAUGAUCACUGGGGUGAAGGGAUCUCGCAGCAGUGGAGUUCCUCUCCCUGUAUCCCAGCAAAGCCCCAUUUCUUUUUGUAGUGGGAAGAGUGGAGCAGGAUGAACAAAACCUUCCCGAGGGGCAAGAGGUGCUUCCUGCCCACCCCAAACAGGCAGCUCUGCCCAUGUGACGUGGCACUCACAGAAGUGGGGAGGGAUGCUCUGUGGAGUGCCAGGCUGCGAGGAGGGAGAACGGCCCUGCCAUCCCUUUCCCAUAAGUGCCAUAACAGCAGGAGAUGAGUGGCAGAUUGUCGCUGGCCCUGUGGGGGUUCUCGUUGGUGUGUUCAAUCAAAAAAAUAGGUGUAGUGUCGUCCUGUGUUUGAAACAGCCACACUGCUGCCUCGGCACCCACCUCAGCCCCACUGUAUAUGCACACGCUAUCCCUGGCACCCGUGACGCUGAGACGCCUGUAGACAUGGGACCAGCGGUCGGACAGACAGGACCUUUUCAAUGUUUCUUGCAACAUCCAUCAGUGGAGCCAAUGAUGGUUUGUGCCUCAACAAUCCUGUUGUUCAUACAUCUGGAUGAGAUCCUGUUUUUCCCUGCAUCUGGACUGUGGGAUCUUUGUUCUGGGGAUGGUCCUGGCUAUUUCACUGCUCACUUGUUUAGCACUAAUAUUUUAUUUUGCCUUUGGAAGAUUUACUUUUCCUUGGUUUCUUGCCAGGGGUGUGUGUGUGUGUGAAUGUCAAAUACUUGAGAUCCCUGCACAGCUUUGCACAAGGGGUGAAACAAAUCCACUCUCUAGCUCUGUUACCUGGAACAGUGAGAGAUGCAGUUUAUAUCGGCCUCCUCCCUCUUCUCUGCUCAUUCUGCCCAACUGCAUUCUGCAUCGUUGUGAUCUUCUGCAGGAUGCGGCUGCAACCAGGGAGACGUUUUGUGAUCCUGUAUCUUAUUUCCGAAGGGGAAUAUCCGAGGGGCUAACGCCUGUGUAGAGAAUGUCUCUAGAAGUGGGGACUGGGGUUUGUGUCUCGAUGAUCACUGCUUUUCAUAACAUCUGUUCUAGGGAGCGGUGCUUCUGUAGCAUUGGGGACGAGGGCAUUGAGCUAGGAUUGUCCUCUUGUGCCUCCUGUCUCUGUGUAUGGCUGAAGCAGGCGGGCAGUGGUCUGUUCUUUUGCCUUGCAUGACGCCAAAUCAAAGAUUGGUCCUGGCAGUUUUUUAAGGUUCUUCCCUUCCGUUAAGUUUGGGGACGCCUCUUUUUCCUUGACCCUUCCCCGUUCCCCCUCCCAGACCUCUGCCAGGGCCUCUCCCACAAAUUGGACGCAGUUAAAGAGGAUGUCUUUCCAUCCCAUUCCCCAUCCCACCAUGCUCCAGCUUCCUCUACCAGUGCAGUCUGAAGAAAGGGAUGCAUUGAACUACAUGCUCACCAGGCUGGAGGCAGAUGCAGUGCAGCAUCCCUGCCAUCCUCCACCCCAGAUGUGCUGCCCCAUGUCCAUUUGUCCUGCCUGCGGCUUUGCUUCUGUGGGACCAUCAGCUCUGCAAGGUGAGGAUGUGAGACUGGUCUCUAAGGCCCACAGCGUGAUCUGGGCUGAGGCUACUGUACAGAAUCUGCCAAGGCAGAGGGGAAUCCCUGGGGCUUUGUGAGGUCAGGGUGAGCUGACUUGGGACCGUAGGGCCUGGUGCACCUGCCAGGGUCAGGCAAGCAUGACUUGCUUCAGUGUCUUGUGCUGCCCCUUGCUAUCUUCUGGGGCUCACACAGCUGGCAGGGCAGAGCUAGAGGAGGCAGGAGGCACAGAUGAGGGAGAGCAGAGGAACGAGGGAAAGGGGAAAGGGGGAUUGUGGGUGAACAUGCUCUUGUGAAGUAAAGUGGGGGAAAGAGGAACUCAGUUUUGACCAGCCAAUAACUCAGAGAAAGCCCCUAGACGCUCAGCCGCUCUGAUUAGCCAACUGAACCGUGCUGCCAUCAACUCAGGUACUUUGCAAUGUUUCUGUUCAGCAGGAAGUGGUGUGCAGGGAAUUGUCGGGGCUGGUGGACUCUUACCCUCUCCCCCCGCACAAUGUUUCCAGAGACGGGCUGGCCAUAUGGGUAGGAGGCAUUUUCUGCAUGGUGCGUGUUUGAUACAAGCCAUUACCAAGCUUCACAAAUGUGACUCUCUGUUGAAGAUCCCAUGUUCACAGCACUGUGCUUUAUAUGCAACCAGGAGGUCAAAUCUCUACUCUUUCCUAUGAUUUCUGGUCACCUGUAACUGUAAAGAGAUCUAUGAAACAUCAGAAACAUAUGGAUGCUGCAUAUUGUGGGGCAGAUUGUGGUUAAGGCAUAGGAUGGGGAGCUAGAAGGUCUGGGUUCUGUUCCUGGCCCUGUCACUGAGGCACUGUGUGACCUUGGGACAGUCACUUACCCUGUCUGUGCUUCAGUUUCCAGAGGGACAGUAUCUUGUCGGGGUGUUGUGAGGCUAAAUUCAUCGCAUGUAAAGUGCUUUGAGAUCCUUGGAUCAAGAUACAGAGGAUCUGGCACAGGAUAAAUGGGCGGAGCUUAGGAAAGUUCCCUAUAAGAUUCUGCAGGUUCUUUUGAGCUUCCUCUGUCUGCAGAGGACUCUUAUCCUUAUGGGUUUAAGAGUCCUUUGGUGCGUGGACAUGGACUGGAUUAUCUGUGGGGUUUCCCUAGGGGCUGUGUUGAACUUCAGGCUCUAGGGCUACCAAUUUAAAACCAGAACGCGCUGUCAGACCUUCUAGAGUUGCAGUGCACACUCCCUGUCCC